CGUACAUAUCGUUGCCUCCUGUCAUAACUACUACCUAUUAUUCGGCGGAUUCAAAUCUCACUUCCAUUAGCUAGACUUAAUUAUUUCUCAUAUAACUUCCCAUCGCGAGGUCCCUUUCUCCUCAAUUCUGAGCCUAGAGUUUAAAUAUUCUAUUCAAUUACAAUUACAUAGACGCUGAGAAGACAAGGCGGACUUAUAAGAAUUUAGACGGCGAUAAUAAUUACAACGCAAACCAUUACUAAAAGAACUUUCGCGAUGGACGUCCAUCUUCUUGUUUACGACCUAUCAAAUGGUCUAGCUAAGCAGCUGUCCCUUGGACUACUAGGCUUUCAGCUUGAUGCUAUUUAUCAUACUUCAAUCGAAUUAGACAACAAGGAAUAUGUCUAUGAUAGUGGCAUAAAUGUAAUCCGGCCCGGAACCUCUCAUCUGGGUCAACCGUUAGAACGAAUUCAUCUCGGGAAGACCGAGCUACCUAUAGAGGUGAUCCUUGAAUAUCUCGACUCGCUCAAGCACAUAUACACCCCCGAGGCCUAUGAUCUGUUUCGACAUAACUGCAACAAUUUCAGCAAUGAUUUCGCCAUGUUUCUAUUAGGAAAGGGGAUACCAAGCCACAUAGCGAAUAUGCCGCAAGCUGUUCUUGAUUCACCAUUCGGAAGAAUGCUACAACCUCAACUCGUGCGAAUGGUUGAGCAGAGAAAAGCUCAACGAGGUGGACUCCUCGGCAUCCAGGAUAAUGUUCAACCACAUACAAACGGUACCGCAAACGGCGCCGGUUCAUCUGCUCACUUUCAACGUCCAAGCGUAAUAAAUGUUACUAAUAUCCGGGAGUUUGAUGCCGUGCUAGAAAAAGCCAAGAAAUCAUGUGCCAUCGUCUUCUUUACUUCGGCAACCUGCGGUCCCUGUAAAGCACUUUAUCCUCUAUACGACGGUCUGGCAGCGGAGCAUGGGAGUAAGGUUGCGGUGGUAAAGGUUGAUAUAUCUCGAGCCUUUGAUGUUGCGCAGAAAUACUCCAUUAGAGCAACACCUACGUUUAUUACAUUCGUUCAUGGUAAAGAAGGAGAACGAUGGAUGGGCGCAGAUGCUACUCGGCUUAAAAGUACCGUCGAACUACUGGUUCAGAUGGCAGUCCCGAGCCAUCCGCAUCGAAUGCUUAGACUGCCUCGCUUUGCGAAUGCUGAGUUGAAACCAGUAUUAUACGAAAAAGUCCCACCACUUUCGAAGCUAUUGUCUAAGCUAGGGUCAAAAGCAGACGACCCUUCGGUUCAGAGUGUGAAGAACUUCAUUGAAACUCGGUCAUCUGAAGGCCCUGCAGAAGCUCCACUACCUGACUUGCCCGCCUUCUCUAGGUUUAUAUGCUCUGCAGUUGAAUCUCUGCCCAAGGAAGUCGUGUUCACAGUCGUUGAUCUCUUCCGCUGUGCCCUUGUGGAUGAACGGUUUAGCGGGUACUUCGCAGAAGAGCAUGAUCAGAAAACAGUGGUCACCCUCCUUGACGUUGUGAAUAAAGAGAGCGAAUGUCCUUACGCUCUAAGGCUUGUUACUUUACAGAUGGCCUGCAAUCUAUUCUCAAGCCACCUAUACGCCGAACAGAUCCUCAGACAAGAGACGCUACGAGGCCAUAUCACGCGGCUCAUUUCAUCAAGCUUCCUGGACGACAGUCGCGACAAUAUUCGAGUAGUUGCAGCAUCGCUACUAUUCAAUGUGGCUAUCGCGAAUUAUCAGACGAGACAGGAGUCAGGAGAUGUCCUUCCCGAGGAUGACCAAGUAGAGCUCGCCGCGUCGGUAGUAGAAGCCAUAUCUCAAGAAGAAUCCUCUAACGAGGCAUUGCACGGCAUGUUGUUAGCGCUUGGGUUCCUAGUUUAUUGUGCGCCUAUAGAAGGUGACCUUGUAAACUGUCUGAAAACUAUGGAUGCAGAAGGAACUAUUCUUGGAAAGAAGAAGGUUUUCUCAAAAGAACCCCUGAUCACCGAAGUAGGGAGUGAGUUAUUGGGGAAGGGUCUUGCGAGAAGAUAAGGUCGUUGCCAUAGCAUCUGAUGCUCAUUUUUGUUCAGUUGUACCCUGGAUACAGUUGUCUAAGAUAUUUUGUAGCAUGCGUUGGUUUCCUGGUCAGAAUUCAUAGAAUGUAGACUACUUUCUCUUUCGUGCACAUGAGAGGACAUCUUACGAGAAUAGAAUAUACAUUCCCAAUAUAUGCAACUUUUAAUCCA